UCCGCAGAGCUGGAGGAGGUUCAGGAUGACUGAGGCCUUGAGUGCCGAGCCUGAUCCCCGCAGCCUGUGUUCCACGUCCCCCUUCACCUUUCCCCUUCACUGAGCUGCUGCGCGGUUUCCUUCAGUGCUCGGUGUUUUCCGCUCUAAGUGGUGUUGCUUUGGCAUGAACUUUAAAGGCAAAGAUGAGAGACUUUCUUGUUUGGAAGCCUACCUAGCUUUGACAUGUCUUAAGAGCUCAAGGUUUACUGAUGAAACAGAGAGCUUGAAGAUGUUCCAAAGGCAUUCAGUCAGUCAUGGUACAGGAAGUGGAGUGGACGCCCCUACAGUCAACAUCGAGUGCACCAACCUCAGGGAUUUUUGUUCCACAUCCUCCUUUCAAGAUAGAGGCCAUCAAGAGUGGUCAAAGUCUUGCAGCUUUCAUAACAAUGAAUUUGCUGGAAAGAAAGAAAAAGACCCAACAUUAAUCCAUGAGCACCUUGUCACUUCAGGUUUAGGCUUAACAAAUCCCAUAGAAACUCCCACUCAAAGAAAGAAAUUUGUGUUCACUAGGAAGGAAAAUGAUACAAGCCCAGAACUUUGUGAGACUCCCAAAAUCAGAAGAAAAAGAUGCUCAUUACGCAGAAGGUUGGAUUUAUCUUUUGCUCUUCUAAAGGGGGAUUAUGAAUCACAAAACAGUUCUCUGAAAAGUAGUAUAAGUCACAUACCCAGCUUAGAAAAGCAUAUUUCAUGCAGUACUUCAGGUUUUCCAAAGCAAAACAUUUUUAGCCCCUUAGUUACUAGCACUAUCAAAACAGAGGAGGCGACUCCCAGCUGUCAGAACUUAAGGUUAAAUUUUUCUCAGCACAAGACUUCCACAAUUGAUGACUCCAAAGAUGAUUGUAGCUUAUUUGAGGUGGAUUGCCUAUCUCCAAUUCAGGGCAAUAAUAUUAAAGAUUCGAUCACACAGGACUUUAGUGAUAGCAGUUUAAGUGUUCACGACGAGAAUACGUGCCCUGACCUUCUGGGCUCCUCCGGUAGCAGAGCAGCCUGUGAAACAGAUGAGAACAUAUUUGUGACUCCAGUAAACAAUCUUCUCACAAACAUUAAGUUUAAUGCAAACCAAACUCUUUCUUCUUCAACACAAGUAGGAGGCAAUAUUUCAACACCGGAAGACAGUGGUUUUAGCUCACUGAGCUGGGAUAAGUCAGAAGAGUCUAUCUCUGACCCAGAGGGUUCUUUUCAAGAACCUCGUCUCAAACAUAGGGGGACUCCCAGAGUGGGGGACAUCAUAAAAAAGCCAAGGCAUCUUGGAAGGUCAAGAAGACUAUCCACUCUUCGAGAGCAAGGCUCACAGUCAGAGACAGAAGAGGAAAAGCAGAUUGUCCACACUACCUUUGAAACAAGACCGGAAGCUGCUUCAGGCAUCUCAGAGAGGCAGCUAGACUGUGAUGAUAAGGGUGUGGAUUUGACUUUAAGCUUUAAGAACUUAUCAAAUACUCCAGCCUUGCAAUUAGUGCAUGAGCUCUUUGUGAAGAGCAAAAGGAAACGACUUCAAUGGAAGAAUGACUGUGAAUUGUUUGAGGAAAGGGAUGAUGGCAAAAUAGCCACACUGCAGUGUGUGCUGGCAGGACUGAUUGGCAAGAAGAUGGGGCUAGGACAGCUGGACAUCUUGACAGAACUAAAAUGUAGAAAUUUGAAGCAUGUCCUAGCUAUGGUUUUAGAUUCCUUGACUGCAGAGAGUUUAUACAGUGCUUGGAAAGUCAGCAGAAAUUGGCGUGAAAUUAUUGCUCAAGAUAAAAAAGCAAAUCAGAGGAGGAAAUUUUAUAUUAUACAACUAAAAGCAAACUCUCAGGCGGCUGUGUUAAAUGUCCAGGAUGCUGCCACUCGGCUCCGUCUUUUCAGUCGCUCAGCCUUAAAAUCAGUGCAAGCGCAGGCUCCUGCAGCCACUUCUCAGAGAGAGCAAACUCCAACUCUGUCUCCUUGGGGAGACGUUUUGACACCUGUAGCAAGCGCUUCUCUCACCCACUUGAGUAGUAAACAGGAACAAUAUGUUAGGGUUGCCAGGACACUUUUUACCGAUGAAGCAUUAAAGCCUUGCCCAAGGUGCCAAUCCCCUGCUAAGUACCAGCCAUUUAAGAAAAGAGGACUGUGCAGCCGCCCAGCCUGUGGUUUUGACUUUUGUGUGUUAUGUCUGUGUGCUUACCAUGGGUCUGAAGAAUGUAGUAGAGGCUCAGCAAAGCCAUGGAAGUGUAAAGAUGCUCUCCCAGGAAGCACCCAAAGCAAGAGGAAUCUAAAGCGUCUCUGAAGAGCCGGAGUAGAAAAGACAUCCCCCCCCCCCCCGUUCAAUAUUUGUCUGACUUAAAAUUAUGACUAUUUUGAACACAUGCAAAUCUUCCCAUUAAUGACAGACAAUGAUUUAUUUCCUAUUUUGUAUAUAUUGUAA